AUUACCAUUCAUUGCAAAAACAUCCACUGCAACAUGAUCAAAUCGAUGGAAAAACGGGCUUGAUAAAAACCAGUGAUCUUCGUUCUGCUUGUGUGAGGGCAUUAUGGAGGCAAAUGCAGGUCUUGUUGCAGGUUCCUUUAACAGAAACGAAUUGCAUGUCUUCCAUGGGCACGACGAGCCAAAUCCUAUAAAGCUUACAGCUACGCCAGAAUGCCAAAUUUGCAGAGAUAUCAUCGAUCGUAAUCCGGAUGGGACUAUCUUUGUAGCGUGCAAUGAGUGUGGGUUCCCUGUAUGUCGUCCCUGUUAUGAGUACGAGAGAAAGGAUGGUGAUAAACGCUGUCCUCAAUGCAAGACUAGAUACAAGCGACAGAAAGGAAGCCCUCGGGUUGAUGGAGAUGAUGAUGAAGAUGGUGGAUUGGACGACUUCGAGCAGGAGUUUAGCAUGGAGAAAGCUGGCACGGCGCUGAGUAUCUACAAUGGAGCACCUGCAGCUGUCCCCAUAGAUAAACGCUCGGAAAAUGGAGAUCACUAUGCAUUUUCUGUUCCUCCGGUUUACGACGGUGAUAAUGCAAGUCUUCGACGUUAUCCACACAGUGUUCAUGGAAAUGGAAUUGAUCCAAACAAGGAGCUCGCAUGGAAAGAGAGAGUGGACAAUUGGAAAGCUAAACAUGACAAGAAGGGAGGCGGUAUCAAGGAUGGAGAUUUUGAUCCAGACGAGGAAGAUGAUUACAUGAUGACCGAGGCCGAGGCACGGCAGCCUCUAUCACGUAAGGUGCCGAUUCCAUCGAGCCUAAUCAAUCCCUAUAGAAUUGUGAUUGUACUGCGUUUGGUGAUUUUGGGAUUCUUUUUUCGGUACCGAGUGACAAAUCCUGCCAGAGAUGCAUAUCCCCUCUGGUUGAUCUCUGUUAUAUGUGAGAUUUGGUUCGCCCUCUCCUGGAUCCUUGAUCAAUUCCCCAAGUGGUUUCCUAUCAUGCGAGAGACAUAUCUUGAUAGAUUAGCCAUGAGAUAUGAGAGGGCGGGAGAACCCUGCAAACUUGCGCCUGUGGAUGUGUUUGUGAGUACUGUGGAUCCGCUGAAAGAGCCACCUCUGAUCACAGCAAACACUGUUCUGUCGAUCCUAUCGAUGGACUAUCCUAUAAAUAAGGUGUCCUGUUAUGUUUCAGAUGAUGGGGCGUCCAUGCUAACGUUUGACUCAUUGGCGGAAACCUCGGAGUUUGCUAGGAAAUGGGUUCCCUUCUGCAAAAAACACAACAUUGAGCCUCGGGCUCCAGAGUUUUACUUUUCUCAGAAAAUUGACUACUUGAAAGACAAGGUCGAGCCAAGCUUUGUGAAGGAAAGGCGUGCAAUGAAACGAGAGUAUGAAGAGUUCAAAGUGAGAAUAAAUGCUCUGGUGGCGAAGGCCCAAAAAACCCCUGACGAAGGAUGGGUUAUGCAGGAUGGAACUCCAUGGCCUGGGAACAACACUCGUGACCACCCCGGAAUGAUUCAGGUAUUUUUGGGGAACGGUGGAGCUCGUGAUGUAGAGGGUAACGAACUGCCUCGCAUUGUUUACGUUUCUCGUGAAAAGAGGCCAGGUUACCAGCACCACAAGAAAGCCGGUGCCAUGAACGCUUUGGUUCGAGUUUCUGCAGUUUUGACAAACGCCCCAUUCAUUCUGAAUCUUGAUUGUGAUCAUUACAUCAACAACUGCAAGGCUGCAAGAGAGGCAAUGUGUUUCCUCAUGGACCCUCAGCUGGGCAAGAAACUGUGCUAUGUUCAAUUUCCUCAAAGAUUUGAUGGUAUUGAUCGUCACGAUCGAUAUGCAAACAGAAAUACUGUUUUCUUUGAUAUCAACAUGAAGGGCUUAGAUGGCAUCCAAGGGCCUGUCUAUGUAGGUACAGGAUGUGUUUUCAAUCGGCAAGCCCUAUAUGGGUAUGAUCCUCCAGUUUCUCAAAAGCCAAAAAAGAUGACAUGCGAUUGCUUGCCAUCCUGGUGUUGUUGCUGCUGUGGUGGGUCUCGCAAAACAGGAAAGAAGUCAAGGAAAUUAUUUGGCAGGAAGAAAUCAUCUAAGAAAACAGAAUUAAGUCCUCCCAUUUUCAGCCUGGAAGAAAUUGAAGAAGGAAUAGAAGGCUAUGAAGAUCAUGAAAACUCAACGUUAAUGUCACAGAAGAACUUUGAAAAGAGAUUUGGGCAGUCUCCUGUCUUCAUUGCUUCCACUCUAAUGGAGAAAGGUGGCGUUCCAGAGUCUGCACAUUCAACUUCUCUUAUUAAGGAAGCCAUUCACGUGAUUAGCUGUAUGUAUGAGGAGAAAACAGAUUGGGGAAAAGAGAUUGGGUGGAUAUAUGGUUCAGUGACAGAGGAUAUAUUAACAGGAUUCAAAAUGCACUGCCGGGGCUGGCGUUCUGUUUACUGCAUGCCAACUAGGCCAGCAUUCAAGGGAUCUGCCCCCAUCAAUCUAUCAGAUCGUCUGCACCAAGUUCUCCGUUGGGCAUUAGGUUCCGUAGAGAUUAUGAUGAGUAGACAUUGUCCUCUGUGGUAUGGCUAUGGUGGAAAGCUUAAGUGGUUGGAAAGAUUUGCCUACACCAACACAAUUGUGUACCCACUAACGUCAAUCCCACUCUUGGCUUACUGCACACUUCCAGCAGUGUGUCUUCUCACAGGAAAAUUCAUCAUUCCCACGCUGACCAACCUUGCCAGUGUAUGGUUUGUGGGGCUAUUUAUGUCCAUCAUAGCUACUGGAAUUCUAGAGCUGAGAUGGAGCGGAGUGAGCAUUGAGGAAUUCUGGAGGAAUGAACAAUUCUGGGUGAUUGGGGGUGUCUCAGCUCAUCUGUUUGCUGUAUUUCAAGGGUUGCUGAAGGUGUUGGGUGGUGUGGACACAAAUUUCACAGUUACAGCCAAGGGAAGCGAAGAAGGGGAUGCAUUUGGGGAGCUAUACCUAUUCAAAUGGACCACUCUGCUCAUUCCCCCAACUACUCUGCUCAUACUGAAUCUGGUGAGCGUGGUGGCAGGCAUAUCAGAUGCAAUAAACAACAGUUACAGCUCAUGGGGACCUCUGUUUGGGAAGCUCUUCUUUGCCUUCUGGGUCAUUCUUCACUUGUAUCCAUUCCUCAAGGGUCUUCUCGGCAGGCAGAACCGCACCCCCACCAUUGUUAUAUUGUGGUCAGUUCUUUUGGCUUCUGUGUUUUCUCUUGUCUGGGUGCGGAUCGACCCCUUUUUGCCCAAGUUCAAUGGCCCAAUUCUUCAGCAAUGUGGCGUCGACUGCUAGCUUCAGUCCUCAUCCCAUCAAUUCUUGUUUUUUAAGAGUGUUUCGUUAGGGGCUCAUAAUUUGCCAGUACUUGGUCUCUGGUUCGAGUUUAUAUAGAUUACCACUCUUUUCCCCUAGAGCCCUUCCUUUAUAUUGAAUGCUAUUUCCAGAAGAAAGAGCCCUUUGUAUUGGGUGCAAUGCAUAAUAUUAUAGCUUGUAUUCCCAUGUGAAAGAAUUAUGCAGUGGCAAUUGGCAUGUUCAGUAUAUAACAUUUAUCAAGAUUUUAUAAUGAUUUCUUUGGCAUCAAUGUAUUUUUUUGGGGCUACCAUUUGUAGCCAGAAAUUGGAUGUUCUUUAAGGAAAAUGUGUUAUUUUUUUGGAUGUU